AUGAGGUCAGCAGUCGACACGUCUCUUCCUGAGAAACUUUCAGUUGAAUCCGUCGUCAAUACGGCUUUGCAUGCACCGUUCGUGGAGCACAAUGUGGUCGGGGGCACAACAAAGGAGACGAUCGGGGGUCACCAGUCUAUUGACAUCCUUGCGGAUCUGCCCCAAUCAUACAGCAACAAUGCCGAUUUUGCGGCCUACUCGGCACAGAAGCAAGCACAUUCCGAAAGGAGACCUGUCGGGUACUCGGCCGAGGGCUGGAAACUCGAUCGGUUCAAGUUCUUACCCAUGGUUGAUAAGGCAUACCAGAUGCGCCUCAUGCUGACUGAUACCCUAUUCCGCUUCCUCCACCAGCUGGACCCUUCCAAACCACAUUACAUGGGAUCGCCCGCGGCCGGCCGGGACGGUACGUUUUUCGCAUACGGAGGAGCAGGCUUCGUGCUGUCACACGGGCUCAUGAAACGCUUGGUGGGAGACUCGACCCAACUAAGCGUUCGUUACGAGGACCAUGCCGAGAACGACUGCUGUGGCGACGCCGCCCUGGGGUACGCGAUCAUGAACAAGACUGGCGAGCCGCUCCAGGUACUAUACCCCACAUUUGCAGGCGAUGAGCUCGAUGGGCUGAAGGUGAAUCACGAAAGAUGGUGCAUCCCUCUGCUCGCGCUUCACAGGGUAUCACCGGAGCAGAUGGAGUCACUGUGGACAUGGGAGCGAACAAGGCCAUACGAUCAGCAUGCCUUUACCCACUCCACAAUUCUCGACUACACAAUGUCUAGCCUACAUCAGGCUCCUACGCGGGCUUCGUGGGACAACUUUGCCGAUGUUAUUCAGCCGGAAGACUCAGCGGCGCACUCGUCCACCUCGGAAUGGGACGACCUGUACCAGAUUCUGACCACACCUCCGGCUGGAAUAUGGAAAAGAUAUACAGACUGGGUUGUCAGAAAGAUGCGGAGAAGACCAGUUCUUGCAAAGAAGCGACUUGGCUGA